AGAAUUUAUUUUGGAUUAACGUUUGUUACCCGAUCAAUUAUAACUAUCCUCAUAAAAAUAGUAAUAAUUUAUACGCAGUUGUUACGGUAUUCUGGAAUAGCGAACACGAUAUAUUUUGAAGGUUUUUAGUAUUACCUGUGUCUUUGUCUGAGAUGGUCACCUUACAUUACUGUCCAUUAGUACAGGAAGAGUUUUAUAUUAAAAUAUAUCGUUGGUUGCUAGUUGACAUUUUCGAUUUAAAGCUGGUUAGAUACGUUUUACUGGUUGUACAACCAGUUUUAAUUUUUGUUAUGUUUGUUCAAACAUACGUCUUCAUAUACAAAUUUGAUUUGGAUUAUCUUAUCAAAUAUGGGCCAUCUUACCUUAUGACAUUAUAUGUAACGCUAACUUGUGUGUGUUUGUAUUUUAUUAUUGACGUAGUAAAACAUGUUGAAAAAGAAAUUGGUUCAUGGAAUAUUGAAAACGCCAUGUCUCCAAACGUUAGAGAGAAACUAAGACGAGACACACAUAAUGGAUUUGCUUCGAUGAUUGUCAGUUUAAUAUUAGGGCUUUUAACAGGCAUAAUGAUAAGCGCACUUGAAGAUGAAGAUAAACACUUUAUCUUUGCCACGCAGUUCAUAAAAUAUUUGCCUAAGGGAAAAAUUACCAUAUUUUUCAUUAAUUUAGUUAGAUUUUUCUGUUGUCUUUCGGCUUACCUAAUUGCAGUGGCGCCUGCCCAUCAUAUGGUUUAUGGUUUUAUAAAACAAAGAACUGCGGCGUACGUAAUAAUGGAAAGAAUGGAAAGAAUAAAUUAUGGGUAUGAAAAUCUUCAGUAUAAAAAUCUAAACGAAGAUUAUCAAAAGGCAGUGUCAGAAAGACUUGUAUGGAAUAUAAAAUUACACGUUAAGAAUUGCAUGCUCGGACGUGAAGUCGAAAGAAGGACAAAAGCUUUAAUGCUUCCCUUUAAAAUAUGUGGUAAUUUGAUAUUUGUGAGUCUUGCCGCUUAUUAUUUCUCUAUUGGAAGAUUUUCGUUAAGUUGGGAUAUUCUGCGACUUAUUAGCUUGAUAUCUAUUUCACUGUUUACCUUAUUUGCGCUCACGACAUGCGGACAAUCUGUUGAAGAUUUGUCGGACGAAAUAUUCGACACAUCUGUGCGAGUUAAGUGGUACCACUGGAGUCAAGCCAACAAAAAAACCUAUCUCAUAUAUCUUAUAAAUGCCCAGAAACCGUUUAAAAUCAGUUUUAGUGAGAACAUUUCAUUGAAUUAUCAGUUAGCAGUUGAUAUUUUGGGAGCUUUCGUAUCUGCUUUGACGUUUGUCGUUCAGCUUCAAAACGCCCGAGACCCUGAAUCUGUUUAAGAAUGUUUAGGUAGAUGUAUAAUAAAUCAGUUCUGAAUUUUAGGCAGUUAAAAUGUUGAUAAUAGGUGCCUAAAGUAUUUCUCUAAAGAAUUAGACAAUUUUAGGCAACUGAAACUUCAUUGCGUAG